UUUCUAAAAAACCAAUCAGAGCAUUAUUAUUAUUAUUAUUAAUAUAGUUUUAGUAUUUGCAUGUUUAUUGGAUCAACCUUUGCCAAAUCUGUGGGAAAUGUCGAUAGUUUCAGUUUCGGCGAUGUUAAUUCUGGAUAGAAUCUUGUAAUGCGAUUGAUGAUUUUCAUAAACUCAAUGCGUUCAAAACCUGAAGUAAAAUUAAUGAUUCAACUUUGAAGUUGACGACCGAGUCCUGGUGAACGUAUUGAUGCGGUGUUGGAUCACUCUGCAUGUUAUGCUACAGUUUAAUAAUUAUAAACUAUUCGUAACAGUUUGAUAACUUUAGUAAAUUGGCUUAUGUGGAAUCUGUUGCUCUUGGAGGAGCACUUGGAUUGCGUUUAGUUAUAGAGUUUGGAUUUAGUUACAGGGUUUGGAUUUGAUCUAAAACUCCAAAUCUAUGGAGUUAGAAGUUAUUGCUUUUACCAUGAAAUUGUUUCGGUUGAUUUGGGAACUAGGAAUGUAAUUGAAUUUCUGAAGCCAUUGUUAGACAAAACAACCGAACAGAAGAUUUUGGAUUGAAGCCUCCAAAUAACAAUUCCAUGCAACCGCCUCAAUUUUAUGAUUAUCGUGGGGAGAGAUGUAAAGAAGGUGCAUCCCCUGACUCUAUCAAGUAUAGCACAUUUAAGGCCGAAUAUGUGGAACCUGGCCUAAUGUUCAGUUCUCUGCCCAUGCAGCUUGAUGAGCAUAAUCAUAGAAAUGGUUGUUGCUACUCAGUUGAUUACGUGGUGAAAGAAUGGAGACUGAGUUCAUUUAGCCCCAAUCAUAUGCUCACAACCAAACUUUGUGGUGGGGGCCUUCUGGCUUAUUCUGAGUCAAAAUCAUACCCAGGUGUAAGGAGUCUUGGUUCCUCUGAAGAUGAUAACAAGAAAAAGAGGGUGGUGGUACUUGGAACUGGUUGGGCUGGAACCAGUUUUUUGAAGAAUUUGAAUAAUUCAUCAUAUGAUGUUCAGGUGGUAUCACCUCGCAAUUAUUUUGCAUUCACUCCUCUGCUACCAAGUGUUACAUGUGGCUCAGUAGAAGCUCGCAGCAUUGUUGAACCAAUUCGCAAUAUUGUUAAAAAGAAAAAUGUAGAAAUUCAUUUCUGGGAAGCUGAAUGUAUCAAAAUUGAUGCAGAAAAUAAGAAAGUUUAUUGUAAAUCUAGUCAAGACACCAAUUUGAACGGGGAAGAAGAAUUUGUUGUGGACUAUGACUACCUUGUAAUAGCAAUGGGUGCCCGUGCUAAUACAUUCAACACUCCUGGUGUAGUGGAAAAUUGCCAUUUCUUGAAGGAAGUAGAAGAUGCUCAGAGGAUUCGUAGGAGUGUUAUUGACUGCUUUGAAAGGGCCAGCCUACCUAACCUGACCGAUGAAGAGAGGAAGAGAAUUCUUCAUUUUGUGGUUGUUGGUGGAGGCCCAACUGGAGUGGAGUUCUCUGCUGAGCUCCACGAUUUUGUAAAUGAAGAUUUAGUCAAGUUAUAUCCUACAGUCAAAGAUUUGGUGAAAAUAACACUUCUUGAGGCGGGUGAUCAUAUUUUAAACAUGUUUGACAAAAGAAUCACAGCUUUUGCUGAGGAUAAAUUUCAUAGAGAUGGUAUUGAUGUGAAAACAGGGUCUAUGGUUGUUAAAGUAUCUGAUAAAGAAAUCUCUACCAAGGAAAGAGGAAAUGGGAACAUUACCUCAAUACCGUAUGGAAUGGCUGUCUGGUCAACUGGUAUUGGGACUCGUCCUGUCAUAAUGGAUUUUAUGAAGCAAAUUGGUCAGACUAAUAGGCGUGCUUUAGCAACUGAUGAGUGGCUACGAGUGGAGGGACGUGACAGCGUAUAUGCACUAGGUGAUUGCGCUACAAUUAAUCAACGCAAAGUCAUGGAAGAUAUUUCUGCAAUAUUUAGCAAGGCAGACAAUGACAAUUCUGGAACACUUACAGUCAAGGAGUUUCAAGAAGCCAUUGAUGAUAUCUGUGAACGAUACCCCCAAGUGGAGCUUUAUUUGAAGAAUAAGCAGAUGCAUGAUAUUGUUGAUCUGUUGAAGGAUUCAAAAGGAGAUGUUGCAAAGGAAUCCAUUGAAUUGGAUAUUGAAGGGUUUAAAUCAGCUCUUUCCCAAGUGGAUUCUCAGAUGAAGAAUCUUCCAGCAACAGCUCAGGUUGCAGCUCAACAAGGUGCUUACCUUGCUAGUUGUUUCAACCGUAUGGAAGAGUGUGAACAAAAUCCAGAAGGUCCUCUCAGGUUCAGGGGAUCAGGCCGCCAUCGGUUUCAUCCCUUUAGGUACAAGCAUUUUGGACAAUUUGCUCCAUUGGGAGGAGAGCAAACAGCGGCCCAACUUCCUGGAGACUGGGUUUCCAUUGGUCACAGCAGCCAGUGGCUUUGGUAUUCUGUGUACGCAAGUAAGCUUGUCAGCUGGCGCACAAGGGCAUUGGUGAUAUCGGACUGGACAAGGCGUUUCGUUUUUGGGAGGGACUCUAGUCGCAUCUAAGGCACCUAAUAGGUUAUAGAGUCUCCUCUUGCAUUCCACCUAUAUUCUUUAAUAAUUCAAGUCAUCCACGCUUCUCAGUUUCAUACUAUAUACUGCCCAGUGAGGCAAAUUUUGUUCUUGUAUCUUGAUUGAUUUACCGAUUCAUCAAUAAUUUAGAGCAGUAAAGUAUGCUCGGUUCAUAAUGUCAGCAAGCUAAAAUUGGUGAAUAAAUUUUACAUUUUUUUCCUUGUCCUGAA